AUGUGGUGCCUCAAGAGGGUGCCACGCGGCCCCUCUCUCGCGCGGGGCUCGGCCGCAAUGGUCGGGAUGCUUCGUCGCUUUGGAGCAGUGCAGGAAGCAUCUGCACUGUGCUCGGUGGCUGUCGUCGCGUAUGGCCGUCGCUCCCUCUCCACCGAGGAGCUGGUAGAUGAGGAAACACAAUGGACGCGUGCGAUGGGCAGCAAGUACGGCUCUGGCAACUACCAGCUCUUCCGGGCGCUCUACAAGGACUUGUGUGACGAGAUCCGGCGCGAGUACUACACAAAGCCCCCGCCCCCACCACCCGCGACAAGGACCACAGGUGCCUCGCCUUCGCUAGUUGCGGCAGAAGCGGCACUCGAGGUGCACGGAAGCGCAGGUUCAGGUGCCAAUGACACUUCCUCCGGUGCCGCAAAGCAGAGGAGUAUGGCAGGUGGCGCUGGUGCAACAUCGUCGUCAACGCAAGGAGGGGGGAUGACAGCAGGGUCUGAGCGUGAGGGCAGCACUGUCGAAGCCGCGCACGCAGCCCGGGAAACUGCGGCAACUCCUCCCUCGCAGCCGGAAGAGACAUACGGGGACGGCUCCUGGUCUGUGCAGCACCGCCCUGAAGAUAACGUCGCUGUGUUUCAUCGGGGUGCCGUGAAGAGGGGCCGUCUUGCCGCCGUGCAUGCGUGGGCGCGCAUCGAGCUGAAGGACCCGCCGCGGCUGAACGCCGUGCUCACCUUUGCCGACUGGAUUCCGAUCGAGGUGUGCGUGGAGCGAAACGGUAUCGUCAUCCACUUCUCCAUGGCUGCGAACGAGGGCGGCAUGCACAUGCGCAACGUUCGGGUGUACGAACCAAAGUCGGCGGAGGAGCGCGCGGCGCUCCUGGACCCGUCUGACGACGGCGAGUACGCGCGGAAAAACUUCUACUAUGACGGGCCGUGCCUGUGGCACCUGGAGCUGGAUAUGCUGAACGAGCUCUACGAUGUCAUGCAAGACCAUGGCGUCACCCUUGAUUGGAUUAGAUGGGCGGCUUCGUGGGUUUUCUACCUGGAGCACGUCAACUACGUGCGGUGGAACUUGGGAAUGCUAGAGGAGCUCAUCCCCUCUUCCCUGCGCGGCCCUGAAGAGGACUUCUUGUUGCCCGUGGAAAAGGCCCUGCUGGCAGAGCCUGUCGAAGACUGGCUCAGAGCCCACAGCAUCUAG